AUGGCUAAUUCUUCUCACUGCUAUCUGCCUCGCUUCACUCCGGCGAUCGACGGGCCAAAACGCCCGAUUUCGAUGAAGACGAGACCGACGCCUUCGCAACAUGCGCAGUUAUUAACCGCAUGGCACGAAGGGCGACUGGAAUCGCUAUUGCAGACCACUUGGGCCCUGGUAUUGCACUACUAUAUCCGCUCCGAGGAUAUCUGCUUCGGCUAUCAACACAUCGACGGCGACUCUAUUUCUUCUCGACACCCUGUACAGCGGUCGAGUAUCGCCAAUCUGUUAGCUUUCCGGCUGGCCAUCAACGAGAACGACUCCAUUCAGGAAAUUGUAGAUAAAGUGCGAGACCACGAUGGAGUCGACUCGCAGCGUGGGGGUGCGGGAAGCGAUGAGGGCGCUUCUGAGGGAGGCUACUUGCCUUUCAACACCAUCCUGAUGCUGCGCACAUAUCGCAAGGCGAACGAUACACCCUCAUCGCCACUUUCCCAACAACCAAUUUUGGCAACCGCUCUCCCCGACCAGUGCCAAGUUCGCCUCCAUGUUAAGGUGUUGCGCCGCGACAUCAGCCUCUUCCUGGAAUGGCGGAACGGGGAUAUGUCUGGGGAGCAGAUGAAAAGCGUUGCCAACAUCUUUGAGCAGAUGCUUGCGCAAGUGCUUUCACCUGGGAACACCGCUAUUAGCCAGCUUAAUUUGUUCUCGGAGAACGACUUGCAGCGCAUCCGCCACUGGAAUUCGCAUACUCCAAAGCUGUACGAUCGAACCAUUCACGAUGCCAUUCAUGACCAGGCCCUGAGCGGCCCUGAUAGAGAGGCUGUGAGUGCGUGGGAUGGAAGUUUGACGUUCUCAGAGCUCGAUGGGUUGGCUUCGAAGCUCGCGUGCCAUCUCCGCAUGCAGGGUGUUGGCCCUGAAGUGCGUGUUGCGCUUUGCUUUGAUAAAUCGAAAUGGAACAUCGUUGCGAUGCUUGGCGUGAUGAAGGCGGGCGGCGCCUUCGUCCCAUUGGAUCCGACCCACCCAACCUCGCGUUUGCAACGUUUAAUUGAGUCUGUUAAGGCGGCAGUGGUUUUGUGUUCACCAUCGCGCGCCGAGGCUCUUCGACCUAUUGCGAACACUCUAAUUCCACUCUGCGCUGAUACUCUGGAAGGACUAUCGGACCCUGCGGAGGGCGUCGACCUUGCAUCGGGUGUUACCAGCCAGAAUGCCGCCUAUGUUUUGUUCACUUCCGGGUCAACGGGAGAGCCCAAGGGCACCUUGUUGGAGCACCGCGCGUUCUUGUCAAGCGCAAUGGUGCAUGGCCCUGGUCUGCGUGUCUUCCGUGAGACACGAGCCCUCCAAUUUGCGGCUCAUACUUUCGACGCCAGUUUGGCUGAGUCGCUGACACCCCUGAUCCACGGUGCAUGUGUCUGCAUUCCUAGCGAGGAACAACGAUUGAAUGACAUUGUGGGGUUCAUAAAUGAGCACCGGGUCACUCAAGCAUGCUUUACCCCGUCAUUCAUCGGCUUUAUUGAAAUCGACAGCGUGCCCGGAUUGCAGAGUCUCGUUUUGGCCGGCGAGGCAAUGUCCCAGUCCCAACUGGCGACAUGGUCCAGAAUCAAAUUGGUCAAUGGUUACGGCCCUACCGAGGCCAGUGUCGCAUCCGUGCUGAACUCGAAUGUCACACCUACCACCGAUUGUAAAGAUAUCGGCCUACCCAUCGGAGUUCGCUCAUGGGUGGUCAAUCCUGAAAACCAUGAUGAACUUGUGCCAGUGGGCUGUCCUGGAGAACUACUUCUUGAAGGGCCGACGCUCGCUCGUUGCUACGUGAACAGCCCCGAGAAAACGAACGACUCUUUCAUCUACGAUCCUGCCUGGGUGAAGCUUGAUGCUGGAAGAGGGUCUAACCGCAGAUUCUACAAGACCGGAGAUUUGGUGAGGUACAACUCCGACACGGGUGCGCUCAACUACGUCGGUCGCAAAGACACCCAGGUGAAGGUUCAUGGUCAACGAAUCGAACUGGGCGAAAUUGAGAAUCAAUUGAACAAGGACACUCUCGUGACGCAUUGUUCUGUUUUCUUUCCCAAGUCCGGUUUCUCCAAGGGCAGGCUCGCAGCUGUCAUUUCCUCGGUGGGGCUCCUUGCAGAACAAUCGGACUCAGAUUUAGAGCCCUUGCGUUUGCUAUCAUUGACACAGAAAUCGAAAAUCGUGCCGGAAAUUCGCGAACGACUGUCUGCACGUCUACCUACGUAUAUGGUGCCCUCGGUCUGGCUCUGUGUCGAAGCCAUGCCUUUGCUACCAUCUGGCAAGCUUGAUCGAAAGGGCAUUGCAGGCUGGGUGGCCGAAAUGGAGCAGGAUCCCGAUAUUGCGCAGGCUGGUUCUGCGCCUCAACAUCGAGGAGAAUUAUCUCAACCUUCUAAUGAGAAUGAAGAGGCUUUGGUCGCUGUCUACAGCCGCGUUCUCAAUAUCCCCCAGAAUCACGUCAGCCUAGAAGAGAGCUUCCUCGCCAUGGGUGGUGACUCGAUUGCUGCCAUGACUUGUAUUGGAAUGUGCAAGAAACGCGGCCUUGCUCUUUCAGUUCAAGAAGUUUUGCGCAGCAAGUCGAUUCGGGAUCUGGCGUCGCGGGCUCGAGCCAUUGAUCAUGCGACCACAUACCAGGAGGCUGUCGACCAACCAUUUGAACUCUCUCCCAUCCAGGUCCUGCAUUUUGGUGUGCGGAAAGAAGGUCAGGGUCACUUCAACCAAGGCAUUAUCACUCGUCUCAAUAAGCCUGUUGAUGAACAUACCCUACGCCAGGCGAUUGAAACACUUGUCUCCCGUCACUCCAUGCUCCGCGCUCGGUUCGAUGAUUCGGGUUCCGCAACGGCUUCAAAGCAGCGCAUUACCCAAGACGUGAAGGGUUCCUUCCGUCUCCGAACUAAUAGCGUCAACACCAUUGAAGAGACAAAGACCUUCAUUGCAAGCAGUCAAGGUUGCAUCAACGCGUUUUCUGGGCCCCUAUUGGCCGCUGAUUACUUCCGCGUCAAGGGUCAGGAGAAGUGCCAUGUAUUGUCUUUGACUGCUCAUCAUCUUGUGGUCGACAUCGUGUCAUGGAGAAUUAUCCUAGAAGAUCUGGAAGACUUCCUCGUCAAUCCUGGAAAGGCCUCGAGCGAGAACGGAUCUCUGCCUUUCCAGACUUGGUGCAAAUUGCAGGAGGAACAUUGCAAGGACUUGAUCAAGGAGAGAAAGGCGGCAAUCGAUCAGCUGCCGGCUAUCGACUUUGGAUACUGGGGGUUGAAGAAUAGCCAGACGACCUAUGGCGAUGUGGACUGCGCAUCUUUCGAGAUUGAUGCUGUCCACUCAAACUCGAUCAUUAUGGAAUGCCACAAAGCCUUGAACACUGAGCCACUUGAUCUGUUCCUGGCCGCGAUGCUCCACUCAUUUGGCAAGUCUUUCAACGAUCGAUCCUUGCCAACAAUUUACAAUGAAGGACAUGGCAGAGAAGUCUGGGAUCCCUCAAUCGACAUCUCUCACACUGUUGGCUGGUUCACUAUUCUUCAUCCGAUCUUCAUCUCGGAUUACAAGCCGGAUAGUGUAAUCGACACUCUCAUCCAGGUCAAGGACCUUCGCCGACGUGUCUCCGACAAUGGCCGGGCGGAAUUUGCUAGCCGUGUGCUUCAACUCGAAGGCAAGAAGAGUGGUCGCCACCCACACCCAUUCGAGAUGUCUUUCAACUAUGUCGGCCAGCACCGUGACCUCCAGCGUACCGAUGGGCUAUUCCAGCUUGUGGAUCAAAUGGCCGGUGAAGCGGGUCAAGGUAGUGAUGCUGCCGAUUUCGGAAAGGACACGCCCCGGUUCGGUUUGUUUGAAAUCUCAGCCAUGGUUGUUGCUGGCAAGAUUCGCUUCACCUUCUCUUUCAACAAGUUCAUGCAGCACCAGAACCGCAUCCAUGAUUGGGUCUCCAACUGCCAGCAGCAACUGGUUUCGCUGGCAGAGCAACUCACAGCAAUGGCGCCUCAUUUGACGCUGAGCUCUUUCCCAAUGCUGUCUAUGAACUACGAGAGCUUGGAUAAGUUGCUGAACCAAAAGUUGCCUGCAAUUGGUAUCACUUCCCCAGAUAUGAUGGAAGACAUCUAUCCUUGCUCUCGCAUGCAGCAGGGUAUACUCCUUGGUCGCACUAGGGACAGCUCUUACUAUGCUGUGCAUGAUACAUUCGAGAUCCGUGGCAGCGGAGCAACUAAGCCAAACAUGGAUCGUCUGCUGGAGGCAUGGCGACAUGUCGUCUCCCACCACGCAAUGCUCCGGACCAUCUUUGCUGAGAACCUUACUCCUCGGGAUCCCUUCUGCCAAGUCGUGCUGAAAGAGUAUGAUAUUUCUCCAGUCAUUCUCCAGUCUUCCAGCGAGAAGGAUGUUUUGGCUACCUUCGAUGCUCAGACACCCAAGGAUUACAGUGAGAUUUCCCCUGCAUACAGGUUCAGUAUUUGUCAGACCCCCUGUGGCAAGCUCUUCUGCCGCAUUGAACUCAGCCAUGCUGCCAUGGAUGGCAAUUCGAUUUCUAUCCUGAUGCGCGACCUGCAGCUGGCUUAUUCUGGCAGGCUUGAGGAAAGCAGACGGCCAUUGUUCAAGGGCUACAUGCAAUAUCUGCUCGAUGCGCCACAGGAAGCUAGCAUUGAUUACUGGCGCUCGUACCUUUCCGACGCCAAGCCGUGUCUAUUCCCUGUUCUCACGGAUGGCGAGAAGCCUGUCGAGAAGAGCCUCCGAUCCGUUCCUGUUAACUUUGGCUCUCUGACUCAGUUGCAAAGCCUUUGUGAGAAGAAGGGAAUCACGCUGUCCAAUGUAUUCAAUGCGGCCUGGGGUGUCACCCUGCGUCUGUUCUGUGGCUCGGAUGAUGUUAGCUUCAGCUACAUGGCUUCUCUUCGUGAUGUGCCAGCCGAUGGCGUUCAGUGGGUCGUUGGCCCUGUCAUUAAUCUCAUGGUCUGUCGCAUGAAAGUUUCCGGCGACUCCCUCCUCACGGAUGUCCUGGAGCAAAUCCAGAAUGACUACAUGGAGAGCCUCCCAUACCGACACACUUCCCUCAUCGACAUCCAGCAUGCACUUAAGCUGUCAGAUGCGAACCUGUUCAACUCUGGCGUCUCAUAUCGCCGUCUACCUGGUGCCAAGGAUGCUGUCAGCAGCGACAUUGAGUGUGUGGAGAUUGGCUCCAUCCACGAUCCAGCUGAGUUCCCGGUUUUCAUCAACAUUGAGGCGAUGGACACCAAUGCUCGGAUUGACCUGAAUUACUGGACUACCAAUCUCUCCGAUGCCCAAGCCAGCAAUGUUGCGAACACAUACCUCCGCUGCCUUGAGAGCAUUUUGACCAAUUCUGAGAGCCAGAUCGGCCAACUCGACUGCGUCAGUGACUCCAACAAGGCUCAAAUCCAGGCAUGGAACAAGAAGACUCCCAAAUACGUUGAUCGGUGUACGUAUGAAGUCAUCCAUAAGGUAGCUAAGCAAAAGCCGGACUCUUUGGCUGUCGCCGCUUGGGAUGGAAAUCUCACUUAUUCCAAGUUGGACCAGUACUCGUCCAGACUGGCCAGCUAUCUUGUGACCUUUGGAGUUGGUCCCGGAAGUCUGAUCCCUACAUGCUUUGAGAAAUCUGUCUGGAAUACUGUUGCCAUGCUGGCUGUCAUGAAGGCGGGUGGUGGGUGCAUUCCUGUGGACGACAUAAAGACCAUGGGUCUCAUCGAGAAGUGGGUUCUUGACAAUGCUGUUCAAGUUGCUCUCGCCUCCCCUGAGAAGGCUCAGAUUCUCGAGGAGACUAUUCCAUAUGUCAUCCCUGUCAGUGAGUCUCUUCUGGAGUAUCUCAAUGAUGAGCCACUCCCUGUGACAGCUGGUUCGUCUGAUCCGGGCUAUGUUGCCUUCACCUCGGGCACUUCGCGCCGUGCUCGUGGCGUUGUGCUCGAGCAUUGCACCAUUAUGACCCGCGCAGAGGCAUUUGCAUCUUGCCUCAACCUCUCGGAUUCCUCACGGACCCUGCAGUUUGCUGCCCAUACCUCAGAUUUGUUCUUGCUUGAAACCAUGGGAACUUUGAGCCGCGGCGGUUGUCUGUGCAUCCCCGCCGAUGUUGAGCCAGCCAACCUCGCUGCUUCUAUGAGUGUUCUACAUACCAACGUGGCUUGCAUCACUCCAACUGUCGCCAAUUUCAUGACCCCGAAAGAUGUUCCCAGUCUCAACACCGUGGCCUUUGUUGGAGAAGCAGCACCCGAAAGACUCUUGCAGAACUGGACGUCAGUAAGUCUCCGGGUCCAUCUUCUGUAUGGCAAUACCGAAGCUUCAACGGCAUCCAUGCACUGCAAGGUUGUCGGCCAGGUGACAGAGGCUUGCAUUGGAUCGGCAAUCUCUAGUGUCUCCUGGGUUGUUGAUCCGACUAACCAUAAUGCCCUUGUUCCCAUCGGUGCAAUGGGCGAACUGGCUAUCGAGGGCUCCGUUGUUGCUCGCGGCUACCUAGCUGGCACCAAGGAUGGAGAGUCCGAGUUUUUCGAGAAGCCUGCAUGGAUUUCUGAUUUCCCUGGUGCCAAGAACCGUAAGUUCCUCAAGACCGGUGACCUUGUCAGGUACAAUGCCGAUGGCUCUUUGGUCUUCCUUGGUCGAAAGAGUCCUCGCAGCAUGUGUUCCGAUCGCAUGGUCACACAGCAAAUUGUGGAUGAAUUCCUGGGACCAAAACGAACGUGUGCCGUGGACAUCAUGAGACUAUCAGGAGAUUCUUCAGACAGCAUUGUCGCCUUCAUCGGAUCAUUGCGAUCCGCGACUGGGGCUCCUGAUGAGGAACUCAUCCCCAAGUCCGCGCCUGAGUUGAAGUCCAUCAUCGCCUCGCUGCAUUCCCAUCUGGCCAGCAAGCUCCCAGCCAGCAAGGUUCCAAGUGCCUAUGUCCCUGUUUCCACCCUUCCCUUGACUGCAUUUGGCAAGCUAAACUACCAGGCUCUGAGGGCUUCGCUUCAAGCUCUUCCCGACAGCGUGCUGCGAUCAUUCAGCAUCAAACACUGGGCCGGCGUCAGGGCCGCAAACCGUGCAUCCUUUGGUUCCGGCAUCUCGAAUAACCACAUCAACUUCUGGAAAGAGUAUCUCGCUGAUGUCGAGCCGUGCAACUUCCCGCCCAUCUCCCACGACACGACGGAAUUAGAACGCUCAACCCGGACUCUCAACAAGCAGACGCAGAAGUUGCAUGCAUUCAGCAAAAUGUCCGGUGUUCCUGUUCAAACAUUGUUCCAGACUGCCUGGGGUAUUGUCUUGCGAUGCUACACCGGCUGUGACGAUGUCUGCUUUGGCUUCUCCACGGAAUCGGACGCACAAUGCAUCUCGGUCUGCCGUCUCAUGCUGAGCAACGACCGUAAAUUGGAAGAGACACUCCAGCAGUCCAAGGCCCAAUUCGAGAAGGGUCGCGAGAACUUCGCUGAUCUUGCUGUCAUCAAGCAUCACCUCGGUCUUGACGAUGCUAGUCUUUUCAACACUCUCCUCACCUACCGCACUGCAUCCUCCCUCCCCCAAGGCGAUCCGGGCGACUCGGACACAAUCAAGGAUUUCAAGAUCGCUGUAGCGGCUGUUGUUUCCACUACUGUUGCUGAGAUCCAUUUCACCUACUCCUCCGAUACUCUCACCUCUGCCCAAAUCACACACAUUAUUGAUGCUUUCGACCACAUUUUGAAUGGCAUGAUGUCUUCCAGCCCCCGUUACCGCACCAUCGGCGAUCUGGAUUUGUUCCCCGAAAGGUCCUGCCGUCAAAUUCGUGACUGGAAUGCUACUCUUCCACCUAGAAUGGAUAGGUGUGCGGACGAGCUCAUCCAGCAGCAAGCUCUCCUUCAUCCCCGCGCUGAAGCCGUUUGCUCCUGGGACAAAAACUUCACCUAUGGCCAAUUGGAAAUAGUUGCUAGUCGUCUUGGACGCUUUUUGACAAACUCGGGAGUCAAGCCUGAAGUCUUUGUUGUUUUGUGUUUCGAGAAGUCGGCGUGGGCUGUUGUCGCUCAACUGGCUGUUCUGAAGGCUGGCGGUGCUUUUGUCUCUAUUGAUCCUUCUCACCCUGACUGUCGUUUGCAAAUGUUGAUCGAUGAGAUUGGCGCCGAUCUCGUUCUCUGCUCCUCAUCUCUUCAGCCAAAGCUUGCUAAGCUGUGCAAGAAGGCAUUUGGCGUCUCCCAAAACUCCAUCUCCCAGCUUCCCGAAUCCCCUCUUGCUCUUUCUGGUGUCCGACCCACCCCCCAAAAUGCCGCCUAUGCUAUCUUCACAUCCGGUACCACCGGAAAGCCGAAAGCGACUGUGGUCGAGCAUGUUGCCUUGAGUACGACCGCGAUUGCCAUGAUGGACGCUCUUCACAUGAACUCUGGCACUCGUGCACUUCAAUUCUCCAACUAUACCUUCGACGUCAGCGUUCUUGAGAUUAUAAUGACUUUGAUGACCGGUGGUUGUGUUUGUGUGCCCAGCGAGGAAGAACGGAUGAACAACCUUGGUGGUGCCAUUCGGCGCAUGGAAGCCAACUACAUGUCUUCACCUCCUGCAAUCGUCAAUACCUUGGAGCCGAAGACUGUCCCCACCUUGAAGACGAUCAUCACUGGUGGUGAAAAGAUGCCCGCAAACCACAUUGACCGCUGGCAUGAUCGGUUUGUUAUCAACGCAUACGGUCCAUCUGAAGCCACUGUUGUCGCCACAGUCGGUGUCAAGGUCGAUUGGGAGGGUAAACGCGUCAACGAUGACCCAACCUCCAUUGGUACCGCCGCUAACUGCAGAGUGUGGAUUGUCGAUCCCAACAACUACAACCGUCUGCUUCCCGUUGGUGCCGUCGGUGAGAUGCUCCUUGAAGGAAGUAACAUCGCUCGAGAAUACCUUGGCAACCCAGAAAAGACCAAAGCCGCAUUUGUGGAUGAUCCGACCUGGAGCCACCACAACGGGCUACUAGGGCUGUUUAAGCGCAAAGAUCGCAUGUACCGUACUGGUGAUCUGGUCCGAUACAAUAGUGAUGGUACUAUUGCCUUCAUCUCCCGCAAGGACACUCAGAUCAAGUUCAAUGGACAGCGCAUCGAGUUGGAGGAGAUUGAACACCAGUGUGUUCGCUGCCUGCCUGAGGGCUCUCAAGUUGCCGUUGACGUUGUUAUUCCCCAGGAGCGAACCGUCGCUAAGGGUCUUGCAGCCUUCUUCACCAUUCAUGACCAAGAUUCUUUCCAAGGUGGCAGCACCGAUCAGUUCACUCCCACCAUAUCUGGCGAUGAUCCCCUCCUUCUGCCCAUCUCCGUUUCCAACAUGGAUGCUAUUCAGAAGUUGAAGAGCUCUUUGCCAGAUCUUUUGCCUCAGAGUAUGAUGCCUCGCCUCUUCUUCCCUCUGCGAAACCUUCCGUUCACUUCGUCUGCCAAGAUCGACCGCCGCAGACUGCGUGCCAUGGUGCAGACCUUGUCCAAGGACACUCUCAAGUCAUACAUUACUUUCAAUGCCUCCACCAGCCAAGAAGGGACCUCCACGGACGGUAUCGACGCCAAGCUCCGCGACCUUUGGGAGAAGACCCUCGACCUUGAGGCCGGGUCUGUUACUAAUGAAGACAGCUUCUUUGCUCUGGGUGGAGACUCCUUCUCUGCCAUGAACCUCGUUGGUGCUGCCCAGGCGCAGGGAAUUUCUCUCAACGUUGCCACUAUUUUCAAGUCACCAGUUUUGAUCGACAUGGCAAAGAGCUGCUCUGAAACAACUCAAGCCCCUGUCCCCAAACCAGUUGCUCUUCAGCCCUUCUCACUUCUCCCAUCAUCUAUCGACAUCGACAGUCUCUUGGACGAAGUGACAGAGAACUGCGCCGUGUCAAGGGAUACAAUUUGUGAUGUGUAUCCAUGCAGCGCUGUGCAGGAAGGUCUAUUGACAAUGUCUAUUAAACACCACGGUGCGUACGUUGCGCAGCCAGUAUUCCGCCUUGCCGAUGGUGCCGACAUCAACCGCUUCAAGGCUGCUUGGCAGCAGACGGUCGCAGAUCUGGACAUUCUUCGGACUCGAAUCGUCCACACUGAAGCGAUGAAUUUUGCACAGGUCAUUGUCAAGGAAACGCCCAUCGAGUGGGUACAUGCCGAGUCUUUUGAUGAAUUGCCCCACGAUACCACUGAGCUUCCCAAGCACAACGGUGCUCCUCUGGCAGGAUAUGCAAUAGUUCAGCCUCGAGGAUCUUCAACUUGCUUCUUUGUUUGGUCAGUCCACCACGCGUUGUACGAUGGCUGGAGUAUUCCCCUUAUCUACCGUAGGCUCGAGGAGAACUACACCGCCUCACAGAACAAGAUGCCUGCAACUUCCUAUGGCCUCUUCAUCGAGUACAUCAACAAGAAAGAUAUGGAGGAAUCUGACGCAUUUUGGAAGAAUCACUUGGCGAGCAUGUCGGCCACUCCUUUCCCUCAGAAUAAGAACUCCGUGCCUGAUGCUAUUCGGGCUGGAAAUACUCAACACCACUCCGUGGAGAUUUCGCGACCAGCCAACAGUGUCGACUUCACUCUUCCAGUUCUUCUCCGCGCAGCUUGGGCCAUCGUGGUCUCAACCCAUACUGGCACCGGCGAUGUAUGCUUUGGUGAGACUUUGUCCGGUCGCAAUAUCGAUCUGCCUGGGGUUGGUGACAUUGCCGGACCCGUACUUUCAACCGUUCCUACUCGCAUCAUGGUUGACCAGGAGAUGUCCAUCGUCAAGUACCUCGACCAGAUUCAUCAAUCUACUACCGACAUGAUUCCACAUCUGCAUGCUGGUCUUCAGCGUAUCCGCUCGCUGAACAAUGACGCCUCUGCUGGCUGCGAUUUCCAGAACCUGUUGGUUAUCCAGCCGACCGAAGGUGAGCUGAACAGCAAGAUUUGGAUUGAUGAAAAACGUGAAACCAGCGAAGACUUUUUCACCCACCCACUGGUCAUUGAAUGUGGCAUUUACAAGACACAAAUUUCGUUCACUGUUCACCAUGAUGAGCUCGUCAUCAAUGGAUGGCAGAGCAAGCACCUCACGGAGCAAUUCGGUCAUGUGCUGCGCCAGCUCAUGGCAACCCCCAAGACCAGCACCGGCAAGCUUGCAGAUUUGGAAGUUGUCAGCCCCGAGGACAAGAUGGAGAUUGCUCGCUGGAAUCAACGUGAGAUUCCGUCAGUUGACCGCUGUGUCCAUGACUUCAUCGAGGAGAAAUGUCUGGCGACACCAAAUGCGCCCGCAGUUUGUGCGUGGGAUGGCGAGCUCACCUACAAGGAAUUCUGGAGCCUGGCCUCUUCUUUCGGCAAAUACCUUGUUUCUCGCGGUGUUGGCCCGGAGGUGUUCGUCCCUGUUUGUCUUGACAAAUCUGCCUGGGCGAUGGUGACCCUCAUCAGUAUCCUGAUCGCUGGUGGUGGCUACGUUCCCUUGGAUCCUCAUCACCCCGUUUCUCGACAUGAGGAGAUCUUGAAAGAUGUUGGUGCCAACAUGAUACUUUGCACGCCAAACUACACUAAUCGGUACACUCGAGUGGUGAGAACAGUGAUUCCAAUCAGCAAGGACACUCUGAAGGCGUAUGGCUCUCUCAAUGUUCCAGCCAAAAACCGCACCAAGGUCCAGCCUUCCAAUAUGGCUUAUACACUUUUCACUUCUGGAUCGACUGGACGCGCAAAGGGUAUCGUUGUUGAGCAUCGCAACGCAGUCAGCAGUAUCAUGGCCUUUGCUCCAAUGACUUUGAUGGGACCCCAUUCGCGGGUUUUCCAAUUCGCUUCUCUGACUUUCGACGCCGCCAUCAUGGAAACAUUGGCAAUUUUGAUGAUGGGCGGUUGCAUUUGUGUUCCAAGUGAGGAUGAGCGGCUCAACGACGUGGCUGGUGCUAUUCGCCGGUUGAAUGUUACAUGGACCUUCCUCACUCCAUCGAUUGCAAGCAUCAUUGAACCAUCUUCGGUGCCUUCACUGGAAAUUCUCAUUGUGGGAGGUGAGAAGAUGUCGCAGGAGGUCAUUACCAAGUGGGCUAAUGUCCUUCACUUGAUGAAUGGCUACGGUCCUACAGAGACUGUCGUGUUCGCUGUGGUUGAUACUGCUGUCGCCGCCAGUCGUGAUCCAGCUCGCAUCGGUUAUGGUAUCCCCUGCACCUUGACUUGGAUUGUCGAUGCUGAGAACCACGACCGCCUCGCACCACUUGGCGCCGUUGGAGAGCUUGCGCUUGAAGGUCCAGCCUUGGCCCGGGAAUACCUCAAGAAUCCCGAGAAGAAUGCAGAGUGUUUCAUUCAGGAUCCUGCCUGGGUCAAGGACUUCAAGUCCUCAAUUCCAUCGCCCCGACGAAUCUACAAGACAGGCGAUCUCUGCUAUUACAACCCCGACGGCUCCAUUGAGUACAUCAGCCGCAAGGAUCACCAAGUUAAACUACACGGACAGCGCAUGGAGCUCGGCGAGAUCGAGCACAGGCUUUCUGAACACGAUGCCGUUCGCCACGCAGUUGUCAUUCUGCCCAAGACUGGUCCUCUGAAGCAGCGCCUUGUAACUGUCAUGUCCGCCAACAAGAUCGCCGCUGACAACAAGUUGAUCUCCGACAAACCCUGCGAGCUCCUUGACGAGGAAGAAUUUGACAACAAGGGCCUGCCUAUUCUUGUUGAGGUUCAGAAGACCCUUGAAGCCCAACUCCCUGUCUACAUGGUUCCUCAGACAUGGGCUCUGGUCAAGAAGCUUCCCAUGCUCGUUUCUGGAAAACUGGAUCGGAAGAAGAUCUCCGCCUGGCUCGAGAACAUUGAUGAAGAUUCAUACGAGCGCAUCAUGCAAGAUUUCGACCGGAUGAAGCGUGGCGUUAUCGAAAAGCCACAGCCAGAGCAGGACAAGACUGGCUCCCUCAAGAUCAUUCGUGAGAUCUUUGCGCAGGUUCUCAACAUCUCCCUGCAAAAGGUCAAUGUGGAUCGCUCUUUUGUCAGCCUGGGCGGAGACAGUAUUACCGGAAUGGCCGUGAUAUCGAGAGCGCGAAAGCAGGGCCUGAUUGUCACCCUGAAUGAUAUCUUGCAGUCCAAGUCUGUCAAGGAACUGGCCCAGACUGCCACUUCAAAGACCCCAGCUGCCAGUCAGCGAGAGGAGAAGUCUGGGGAGGGCUUUGGGCUUUCGCCUGUUCAAAAGCUCUACAUGCAGUCCUCAACAUCUCUCAUGGGUGCAGCUCGAUUCAACCAGAGCAUCACUGUGCGCGUCGCCCGGCCAGUUGAAGGCGAAGUGCUCCGCAGGGCAAUUCAGGCUGUGACUAGCCAACAUUCCAUGCUGCAAGCCCGUUUCAGUAAAGGGAAGAACGCAAUUUGGCAACAGAAAACCGUCGGAGAGGUUGAUGGAUCUUACCGCUUCCGCGUGCACUCCGUGACCGACAGUCGUGCAAUGGUCCCCAAGAUUGCUGAAAGCCAGUCCUGCCUGGAUCCGCUCAAUGGACCUAUCUUUGCAGCCGAUCUGUUCAAUCUCCGCAGUGGUGGCCAGGUUCUCUUCCUGGUUGCUCAUCAUCUGUGUGUUGACAUGGUUUCUUGGCGAAUCAUCCUCCAGGACCUUGAGGAGCUCGUCGUCUCUGGAUCCCUGUCUGAUGAGAAGGCUUUGUCUUUCCAGAGCUGGUGCGCCAUGCAGUUUGAGCGCGCAAAGACUCAUGAUUCCGAUUUCUCUUUACCUUUCACCCCAGAGAAGCCAAACUUGGGCUACUGGGGCAUGACCAAUACAGCCAACCAAUAUGGUGACCUCAAAAUCGAGUCUUUCAGCUUGAGUGAGGAUACCACAAAAUUCCUUCUUAACGACUGCCAUGAGGUCUUCGGAACCGAGACUGUUGACAUCCUGCUUGCUGCCAUUGUUCACUCUUUCGGUCUGAUUUUUACUGAUCGCAAUCUCCCUACCAUUUACAAUGAAGGCCACGGUCGCGAGCCUUGGGAUGCAAGCAUUGACCUUUCCAGAACCGUUGGCUGGUUCACAACCAUGACUCCGCUUCUUGUCGACGGAAAACAAGGAACCGUUCUUGACACCAUCAAGCGUGUCAAAGACACACGUCGCAAGAUCACGGAAAACGGCCGCCCCUACUUUGCCAAGAGCCUUCUUGCAUCCGAUCAGCAGUCGUCUGAUGAUUUUGAUGUCCCCUUGGAAAUACUAUUCAACUACCUCGGAAAGCUGCAGCAGCUUGAGCGGGCGGAUUCUCUCUUCCGCCACCAGGGCAGCGUCUUUGACAGCUCGGACUUUGCUGUCGCUGGAGACAUGGGGCCCGAGACAGACCGAUUCGCUCUCUUUGAGCUCUCCGCUAUCGUUGUGAAGGAGCGGCUCAACGUUUCAUUUGCCUACAAUCGCAAGAUGUCCCGAGAGCCCCAAAUCCGCCGCUGGAUCCUGCAGUGCAAGCAGACGCUUGAAAAGGAGAUGUCUGUCCUCAGAAAUACCACCCCAGAGCCCACUCUCAGUGACUACCCUCUGCUGCCUAUCAAUUACAAUGGGCUACAAAUCCUCGCCACGAAUACCUUCCGAAAGCUCAGCAUUCGCAGCAAGAGGGAAGUGGAGGAUAUUUAUCCUUGCUCGCCAAUGCAAGAAGGUCUUUUGCUCAGCCAGCUCCGCGAUCCCACCGCCUACAUGUUCCACACUGUCUUUGAAAUCACGGAUACCCGCUCCGGAAGGGUUGAUCCCGGCAGGCUUGCUCGCUCAUGGCAAAUGCUUGUGGAUCGCCACCCAGUUCUUCGGACUGUCUUCAUUGACAGCAAUUAUAGCGGCGGAUCCUUCGACCAGCUUGUUUUCCAGAAACUGUCUGACAACGUUCUUCGUGUUGAGUGCCUCGAUUCACAAGUCGAAGAGAAGUUGAAGGGCAUCUCACUCCGGGAUAUAAACGCCAUGCGACCAGCCAAGUUGUCACAUCAGCUCACCGUCUGCAAAACUACCAGUGGGCGUGUGCUGGUUAAACUUGAAAUCAACCACGCCAUCAUCGACGGUGGCGGCGUGGAUGUUCUGCUCCGUGAUUUGACUCUGGCUUAUGAUCGACGUCUUGCUGAGGGUUCAGGGCCCAAAUUUAGCGAGUAUAUUCGCUACAUCAGAACCCAGAGCCAGCAUGCCGCCCUCGAUCACUGGAUGGAGUAUCUUGGUGGUGUCCACCCAUGCCACAUUACUCCCGCGGCUGGUCUUCAAGCCAAGCGUGAGCUCAAGGGCGUUUUGAUGGACUUCACGCGAUACCCAGAACUCCUGAGCUUCUGCGAGCAGGCCUCGGUCACUCUGGCCAAUCUGACUUUGUCGGCUUGGGCCAUCGUUCUCCGAGAGGUCACCUGCUCCGACGAUGUAUGCUUUGGAUACUUGUCCGCCGGACGCGAUGCGCCCGUCAACGGAAUCCAGGACAUGGUCGGUAUCUUCAUCAACAUGCUCUGCUGCAGAGUCAAAUUUUCGGGUCAUCAGACCCUCGCUGAUGUCUCGAAGAGGGUCAACGGGGAUUAUAUCCGCAGUAUACCUCACCAGAGCUGCUCCCUCGCCAGCAUCCAACAUGCGCUUGGCUGGCAGGGCCAGUCUCUUUUCAACACUACCCUCUCCAUUCAGAACCACACGGUCGCCGGUGGGAACAAGGAGAAAGGUCUGUCCUUUGAACUACAACAUGCUCAUGACCCUAGUGAGUAUGCCGUUACAGUCAAUGUGGACAUCUCCCGAGGCGCCGAGGGUAUCAUGUUGCGCUACUGGAAUGACAUGGUGAGCGAUGACCAAGCGCAGGGCUUGGUUGAUAGCAUUGCCAAGGUUUUCACCAGCUUUAUCGAGUCGCCAUCUGGAAGUCUUUCAUCCUUGAAGCUCGGGAGCAGUCUUGUGGAGGAACAAAAGUCGGAAUGGGCCAAGUCUCAGUCUACACUGAACGAGAAAGUGAAGUCGGGCAUUGAAGGUUUGGACAGUGCUGCAAUUCAGAAAAUUAUUGACAGCCGGGUGCAUGAGAUCAUCGGUCAGAUGUUAAGAGAUGGAAAGUUGAUGGUGCCGCAUAUGCAACCAGAGAGUUUGUCGCGCUAUGGGCACCCUGAUAAUGGAGUUGAUUCACCGUACCCAUUGGAGGGUAUUCAAGGAGCGGAUGAUUCUGGUGUUUGCUCUGCGACGUCGCGAUCCAGUGAGGACGGAUUUUUGGUGGAUCUUGAGAGAAGAUUAUGGACUCUUUGGAGCACUGCCCUAGGCAUCUCGCCGAACGUUGUCAGACAUCAGGACAGUUUCUUCAAAUUAGGUGGUGACAGUAUCACUGCGAUGAAGAUGGUCAGCGCUGCCCGCGAGGACGGUUUGGUUCUUACUGUUGCAGAUGUUUUCAACAACCCUGUUUUCGAGGACAUGCUUGCGACCGUUCGUGCAUCCAAUGUCACUCAGCAAAUCUUGGAUGUCGAUCUGAAGCCUCCUCACAAGGACGUCGAUUCUUUCACCGACAGCAAACCCACCACAUUGGCGCCAACUCCGUCUUCUGAAAGUAUCUCCGUCCUGCGGCCGAUGAGGGCUUUCGAUGAUGCUUCGGUGCAGACUGGUAUCUGUCCAAAGAUCGGUGUCUUCAAAGGUGGUAUUGCAGAUGUCCUGCCAGUCACCGAUUUCCAGGCCAUGUCCUUGACUGCAACUCUGUUCAAGUCGCGAUGGAUGUUGAACUAUUUCUUCCUGGAAGGCAACGGACCUUUGGACCUGCGACGUCUCCGCGAGAGCUGCUUGAAGGUCGUUGACGCGUUCGAUAUCCUACGAACCGUCUUCGUUUGCUUCCACGACCAAUUCUUCCAGGUCGUGCUUCGCAAGAUUCGUCCCAGUAUCUUUGUCUACGAGACUGACCGUGGAAUGGACGAGUUUACGAUGAACUUGCAGCAGCGUGACCGUGAAUAUGGUCCUCGCGAGGGAGAGCAGUACGUACAAUUCUACGUCGUCAAGAAGAAGAACAGUGAUGAGCACCGCAUCAUGAUUCGCCUUUCUCACACCCAGUACGAUGGUGUGUGUCUUUCAAAGAUCAUGUCCGCCAUCAAGCUUGGAUAUGAAGGCAGCCCCCUCCCUCCUGUGACACCCUAUGCUAGUUAUCUGCGCCAACUUCCAGGUACAAUCGGACCGGACCAUUACAACCACUGGUCAAACCUCUUGAAGGACUCGCAAAUGACGCAGGUUGUGCGUCGCAAGGGAACUUCCAUGUUCCAGAAUGUGGGUGCUUUCACUGAAAUUCGCAAGAACAUUGAGAUUCCUCCCACCGCUCUUGGAAAUGUCACUGUCGCAACUGUCAUGCAGGCUGCUUGGGCUAUCACCUUAGCCAAGCUGUCCGCCCAGUCUGAUGUGGUCUUUGGCCUGACAAUCAGCGGUCGCAACGCUACCGUUCCAGGCAUUGAGACUACUGUUGGGCCCUGCGUCAACGUCAUUCCAGUACGCGUCAAGUUUGAUGAAAAAUGGAAUGGUCUUGAACUUUUCCGCUACCUUCAGGAUCAGCAAGUUUCAAACAUGCCGUUUGAGUCCCUUGGCUUCCGGGAGAUUAUCAAGCAGUGCACAGACUGGCCUGCAUGGACGUAUUUCACCACAUCGGUGUUCCAUCAGAACGUUGACUAUGAGGGCUCCCUCGAGCUCGACAGCACAAAGUAUCGCAUGGGUGGUGCCGGAGUCAACGACAACUUUGCAGACUUGACUCUGGUUUCUCGUCCUGCAGACGAUCGCAGCCUCAGCGUCACUCUUGGAUACUCCGAGAAGGGUCCCAUCAUUCCAGCCUUUGCGAACAAGGUUCUCGACAUGGUCUGCGAGAUUGCACAGUCUCUAGUCGCAAACCCCUCCACUGCCCUGCCAUCGCCAAGCAUGUUGCGCUCUCUGCCCCCUCAGAUUGUGGAUGACCUACCACGGUCCUCGGAUGAACACUUCCUCAGCGCUCACCUCAAGUCACGCUCCAUUGCCGAGUUGCUUGUACACUCAGACAUCUUGUCACGCUCAUGGCAUCAAGUUCUUCCCAGCCGUGCAUCCACUAUCACAGCGGAUCCCGAUGCUGGUGACAAACCCAAUCACCAGGCUGCCUUCCAACUUGACUCAUCAUUCUUCGAUCUUGGCGGUGACAUCUUCAACAUGGCUCAGCUCACAUGGCUUCUCGAGCAAGAAGGUCUCAAAGUCCGACUCGAAGACCUUCUUGAGCAUCCUUCAUUCCUUGGCCAGAUGGCUGUACUAGCACUACACAAUGUAAAGCACCAGGAUGACUUCCCUCCUGAGUUUGCUGCUAACGCAAACUCGCCUGACCCAGUCGCCAAUACUCGUGGUGAAAAGAAGAAGACUUGGGAGAAAGCCAUGAUGCUCGCUCGCAAGCUGACGCGGCGAAACAACAUGGUCUCAAGCCAUGCCUGA